AUGAAACUUGUUUGUUUUUCAGGAAACAUUCCAUCAGGUGAUGGGACAGAAAUUGGUCAAGGGUUUUCUACGCAGAUUCAUGGCGGACUUGAUCAGCUGCCGAGGUGUAUAUUCCGUGGAGAGCAUAUCCAUGUUGGUGACGUUAACUUCCAUGGAAUGGGUACAAGUUCUGCUGCAGUUUACGCAGGAACAACUCAGAGUGCUGCCACUACUCAGGUGGCUGCACCAAGAGAGGGUGAUGAAGGACUGUUCUUGUCUAAUUUACUUCGUCAGAUCAUGCCCAUCAUAUCUGAAAGCACAGCAAGUGGGUCAAGUAUUCCAUCAUCUGAGGGCCGGGUGAUAUUGAGGAUAGAACUACACAAGCAUCCUCAACACAAGCUCAGGACAACUCAAACAGAGGGGCCUCGUCAAGUAGUCGACAUGGCAAUUCACCAUCCUCUCCAAGCUCCAAACGUCAAAGGGUAAUUGCUUCUUUCUUUUAGUAUGUCACACUGCACACACAUAUUCAAUUAGAGGUCCUGUGGUUUUCUCUCGAUUCUCGCAGAAACGCCGACAUUUGUUUGGUGCUUGCUUGUUUUUUUCCCCAUACCAAUAUGACAUGCUUACAACCUUAGGCACAAGUGGUAAUUUUUCACAUAGUUCAAAGUCUUCCAUGUUUGUUAUCUAGAAAAGUUUGUCUUAUCAUCCUUGCUCUCACAAAAAUUUCUCUGCUAAUAACCACCCAUUCUAGAAUUAUUUAAUAGCUAUCUGCAACCCCCCUCUAAUUAUAUGAUUGAGCAUAUGCAUUUACGUAUAUGGAUUGCCUAAAAAUUUUCUUAGAAAACGAAAUCCCGGCCUUGCCUGAGUGAAGUUAUUUUAUGGGCAGCCAGCAAAGUUUCUUAACAAAAAAUGGACCAAGGCCUGUGAUGUUGAAUCU